AGGACCAACUAAAGAAAAGAACAGUUUCGACCGUUAUUUUCCCUCCAAACCUUUGUUUUGAGUUGAUGUUGGAAUUGUUUUAGGUAAUUGAGUAAGAACAAUGAAAGCCUUGUUUCGAUUCAAGUCUUGCUUGUUUGAUCCAACACGAAGAAGGAACCCACUCGUUUCUUUCUCAGGUUUCUCAAAGUCAUCUAAAUCUAAUAAAACCCGUGAGACCACCCCAUCGAAGAUCCAGUCAGAAGCUACUGCAAUCACCUCACUUUUCAACGAGAUUACUGAUAUUUUAGGAUCGGAUGUUGUCCAAACAGAUGAGACUACGCGGCUCAGAGCCCAUGUGUCAGCACCUGUGUGUGAUAAUGGAGCAUUGGUUUCUUGCACGCAAGGUGUUCGUGAAAAUGCUGCAAUGGGAUUUUCAGGUGAGAAUGAAGAGGCUCAGAAAGGUCUUCUUGAAAAAGUUGACUUCAGCCCCGUGGUUCAUCAGAUUACGAGUGUCGUUAGGGCAGAUGAUGAAAUAGUUUCCAUGGAGGACAGGUUAGAGAUAUUGAGUUUUCGGUUUGAACCCGAAAUAGUGGAGAAUGUACUGAAGAGGUGCUUCAAGGUUCCUCAUUUGGCUAUGAGGUUCUUUAAUUGGGUGAAACUAAAGGAUGGUUUUUCGCAUAGAGUCGGAAUUUACAAUACCAUGCUUAGCAUAGCUGGGGAAGCGAGAAAUCUCGAUAUGGUAGACGAAUUGGUGAAAGAAAUGGAGAAGCACGCUUGUGAUAAGGAUAUCAGGACGUGGACUAUUCUUAUCUCAGUGUACGGGAAAGCAAAAAAGAUUGGAAAAGGUCUGCUCGUUUUUGAGAAGAUGAGGAAAAGUGGCUUCGAACUUGAUGCUGCGGCUUACAAUAUCAUGAUUAGGUCCCUAUGCAUCGCUGGUAGAGGUGAUCUUGCGCUUGAAUUCUAUAAAGAAAUGAUGGAAAAGGGUAUCACUUUUGGAUUGAGAACGUACAAGAUGUUACUAGAUUGCAUAGCGAAAUCAGAGAAAGUUGAUGUAGUCCAGUCCAUUGCAGAUGACAUGGUUAGGAUAUGUGAGAUAUCAGAACAUGAUGCUUUUGGUUAUUUGCUCAAGAGUUUUUGUGUUUCCGGUAAGAUAAAAGAAGCUCUAGAACUGAUCCGCGAGCUAAAAAACAAGGAAAUGUGCCUCGACGCCAAGUAUUUUGAGAUUUUGGUUAAAGGACUUUGUAGAGCUAAUAGAAUGGUAGAUGCUCUAGAGAUUGUUGAUAUAAUGAAGAGAAGGAAACUGGAUGACUCAAAUGUCUAUGGGAUCAUCAUCAGUGGGUAUCUCAGGCAAAACGAUGUUUCAAAAGCACUUGAACAGUUUGAAAUUAUUAAAAAAUCAGGGCGUCCACCUAGAGUUUCUACAUACACUGAGAUUAUGCAACAACUCUUCAAGUUGAAACAGUUUGAAAAGGGUUGCAACUUAUUCAGUGAGAUGAUAGAGAGCGGGAUUGAGCCUGACAGCGUUGCUAUCACAGCCGUGGUUGCUGGUCAUUUGGGCCAAAACCGAGUAGCAGAGGCGUGGAAGGUGUUUGGCAGCAUGGAGGAAAAGGGCAUCAAACCUACAUGGAAAUCGUAUUCGAUAUUUAUGAAAGAGCUCUGUAGAUCAUCAAGAUAUGAUGAGAUCAUUACGCUAUUCAAUCAAAUGCACGCCUCCAAGAUAGCUAUCAGAGAUGAUAUUUUUUCUUGGGUUAUCUCUAGUAUGGAGAAAAAUGGUGAAAAGGAGAAGAUUGAUCUUAUCAAAGAAAUCCAGAAACAAUGCAAUGCCUAUAAUCAAGAACUAAACGGAUCUGGCAAAGCAGAAUUUAUGCAAAAAGAGCUCGUUAAUAAGUAUAAUCGUCCACAGGUAGUGCAGCAGUCAGCUCUUCCACCAGCUUCAUCUGCUGUUGAUAAAAUGGAUGUGCAAGAAAUUUGUCAUGUGUUAUCAUCCUCCCGAGAUUGGGAGAGAACACAAGAAGCUCUAGAAAAAUUGACAGUCCAGUUCACACCAGAACUGGUAGUUGAGGUUCUACGUAAUGCCAAGAUACAAGGCAACGCUGUUUUACGUUUCUUUUCAUGGGUGGGAAAGAGAAAUGGCUAUAAGCACAAUUCAGAGGCAUACAACAUGAGCAUCAAAGUUGCAGGAUGUGGGAAAGAUUUUAAGCAGAUGAGAAGUCUGUUUUACGAGAUGAGAAGACAAGGCUGCUUGAUAACACAAGAUACUUGGGCAAUCAUGAUAAUGCAGUAUGGUAGAACCGGUCUUACCAACAUUGCUAUUAGAACGUUCAAGGAAAUGAAAGAUAUGGGUCUGAUCCCGAGCUCUUCAACCUUCAAGUGUUUAAUCACAGUUCUUUGUGAGAAGAAAGGCAGGAACGUUGAAGAAGCCACCAAAACAUUCCGCGAGAUGAUUCGUUCGGGUUUUGUCCCAGAUAGAGAACUAGUCCAAGACUACUUGGGAUGCUUAUGUGAAGUUGGUAACACAAAGGAUGCAAAAAGUUGUUUGGAUUCUCUCGGCAAGAUAGGUUUCCCUGUCCCUGUGGCCUACUCAAUUUACAUAAGAGCUCUUUCUCGAAUUGGAAAGCUAGAAGAAGCUCUAUCAGAAUUAGCCAGUUUUGAAGGAGAUAGAUCUUUACUAGACCAGUAUACUUAUGGAAGCAUUGUUCAUGGUUUGUUGCAGAGAGGAGACUUACACAAAGCACUGGAUAAAGUGAAUUCCAUGAAGGAAAUCGGAAUAAAACCCGGUGUCCAUGUCUACACAUCUCUGAUUGUUCAUUUCUUCAAGGAGAAACAGUUCGAGAAGGUUCUAGAGACAUGUCAUAAAAUGAAAGAAGAAAGCUGCGAACCUUCGGUUGUUACAUAUACGGCAAUGAUAUGCGGAUACAUGAGCCUAGGAAAAGUGGAAGAGGCUUGGAAAGCAUUCCGCAAUAUAGAAGAGAAAGGAACUUCACCAGAUUUUAAAACAUAUAGUAAGUUCAUAAACUGUUUGUGCCAAGCAGGCAAAUCUGAAGAUGCCCUGAAGCUUCUGUCUGAGAUGCUGGAUAAGGGUAUUGCUCCAAGCACUAUCAAUUUCCGGACAGUUUUCUACGGGUUAAACAGAGAAGGUAAGCAGGAUCUUGCCCGGAUUGUUCUACAUAAGAAGUCUGCUUUGGUAGCACAGCGAAAGGUAUCUACAUGAUCUCUCUCUCUCUCUCUCUCUCUCUCUGACAUUUUACUGUAAUUCUGUAUCCAUGGGAAGAACCUCAUACAAAUGAAUCAAUCAAAUCAGAUCAAUAUCUAAGCAACGAAA